AUGGCCGACGACUCGGCGCCGCGCUCCGGCUUCCAGAGCAGCCUGACGGUGACCUUCGUCGGGACGGCGACGGCGCUGCUCGAGGUCGCGGGCGCGACCUUCCUGACGGACCCGUACUUCUCGCCCGCGGGCACGCAGUGGGACCUGGGCUUCCUGCAGCUGACGAGCGCGUACGAGCCCGCGCUCGGGCUCGCCGACCUGCCGCCCGUCGACGCCGUGCUGCUCAGCCACGAGGACCACCCGGACAACCUCGACGCGCGCAGCCGCCCGCUGCUCGACGGCCGCCGCGUCCUCACCACCGCCGACGGCGCCGCCAGGCUCGCCCCGCGCCCCGGCGUCCGCGGCCUGCGCCCCUGGGAGAAGGCCUCGCUCGCCGCCGCCGGCGUCGUCUUCGACGUCCUCGCCACCCCCUGCCUCCACGUCCCCGGCGGCGAGUGCGUCGGCUUCGUCCUCUCCGCCCCCGCCCGCUUCGGAUCCACCGGCGGCAAGCCCAACGCCGUCUACUUCUCCGGCGACACCGUCUACCUCCCCGAGCUCGCCCGCCUCCGCGACGACUACCACAUCUCCGCCGCGCUGCUCAACCUCGGCGCCGCCACCGUCCAGCUGCCCGGCGCGGCCGAGCCGCUGCUCGUCACCAUGGACGGCGCUCAGGCCGCGCGCCUCAUCCGCGACAUCGACCCCGACGUCGUCGUGCCCAUGCACUUCGAGGCCUGGAAUCACUUCCGCCAGGGCCGCGAGCCGCUGGCCGCCGCGUUCGAGGCCGCCGGCGUCGCCGACCGCGUGCGCUGGCUCGAGCCGGGGAAGCCGACGCGGAUUCUCUGA